UUCAGACCGAAUUAUUUGUUUUUUGAACCCAGUGUGCUCUCUAUUCCAUUUAUUCUUCGUAAAAAACUUGUGCUGCGUAACAGGAUGAUCUUCCUACAACUCUGGUGGGCGCUGAUGGUGUUCAGUGGCUCUGGGUCCUCCCAGGAGGUCUCGACCACGGAUGAAAAGCACCCAGUUGAGGGCAGUGACAAGUUGCUCAGCUUCAGCCGCGCGGUGGAGCAGGCGCGUCCCGAAUUGCAGGAACUCAAGGCUUCCUACGGCGGUCUGCAGGAACAGGAUAAUCAGAGGCAGCAGUCGCGGGAUCGGCGGAACUCCAUCGACGACAUGCUGGCCAGUUUUGCCCAGGUCCCAGUUGGCGAAUCCAAAUCGGCCUCUGCAGAUGAGGAGCGUGUGCUGCAGGAGGCGGCGGAUGCUUGGUUCCGCGACAUCCAGGCAAGCAUGUCCAAGGGCAGUGCCAACCAGAAGCGUUCUGGAAGCAAGCAGGAGCGAUCCGUGGGCAAGAACGUCAUCGACCAGCACACCAAGGCCAUGGAGCGCACCGAGAUGGGCAAGGUAAAGCUCAAGUACAAGGAGAUGCCCGACGACACCAUUGUUCGCAAGUACCAGGUGACUAAAGCUCCCACGCCUCCGCAGAACCCCGGGCUCACCCACCUGGACAUAAAGCUGAAGCAGGUCCAGCAGAUGCUUAGCGAUCAUGAGAGCCUGGAGGCCAAGAAGCGGGAGAAGUCGAAGGAUGUUCGGAAGAAGGUGGAGGAAUCCGGAUGGGUGGACAAGUUGCCAGAGUUCGGUGAUAACCCCAUUCCUGAUGGGAUCUACGAGAGCACCCUCAACCGACUGGCCUUCCCCCACGCCACGGCCAACAAGCUGGCCCACGAGGCCAACUACAAGCUCUCCAAGAUCGAGCAGGAGGCUUCCGAGAAGGCCACCAAGUACUCCAAGCCCGGCAGCAUCAGCGAAGCUCCUCUCAAGCAGCUCAAACGCAGCUCGUGUAGUGGCUUCAAUCCCAUGAAUGAGAUCAAGCUCAAGACCAGCAGUAGGUUGAUGCUCAAGGGUCUGGGUCCCUCGCUGCCUAGUAACGCUCUAAUGGACAUCCAUCGCAACCAAAUGGUGGACAGCAUGCUGCGGAGGAGGGAGCUGGAGGAGGAACAGCAGCAGAAGUUCGAGGCCAGCCAGAAUAGCGAUGAAGAGGACCAGCCGAUGGGAAUAAAUGGCAUAAUGACGCAGAACGAGAACUUGGAGUACCUCCAGCCCAUCAACCCCGUCAUGGAGGCGAAUCCAAUGAUGGAGCUGCCACAGAGCUACGACUAUCGGGUGCCCCAGUACGAUCGCUUUCACCCUCUGAGCCAGCGACAAAUGACCAAUGUGCGGGAUUACGAGAGGAGUAAUCGCAUGCCCCUGGACUUGGAUCGUUUCAAGAGGGAACCACAGGAUGACUCGGUUUUGGAUACGUUGUCCCUAGAUGACCAAGAGUUACCUCUUAAGGCUGAGGAUCAGAACGUUUCUGACCAUGAGAUGGCUAUAAAACUUGGGAUACUGGACAUAAAGGAAGGCAAAGCCAUACAUUCAGUCAAGGAGCAGGAAUCAGGAGAGAAGGCCUCUGAUGAAGAGGUUAAGUUGGAGGACUUACACGACGAGGUUAAACUGGAGGAGGAUGCUUUGAGUAAGUCAGAAAGUAAACUCGAUGCUGAGGUAUCCUCCAUCGAAGGAAAGUUGGAGGAUAAGUCAGAGGUCGAAGUGGAGACCAAACUUCUAGGGCCAGUAAAACGUGAAACCAAGAACAAGGAAAAGCUGAUAGCAGCCACACUCAACGAUGACUCUCAAUCUGCUACGGAGGUUAGAUCAAAAGCGGAGUCGCCCUCAAAAAGGGAGGUGGCACUUAGCUUGGACGCCAGCAGUGAACUGCAUUCAAAACUGGACGCUGUAGUGGCUCCAAAAUCCGAAAGGCAAGAUACCUUAGAGAAACGUGAGUGUCCGGAAACACCCGAUAGUCCCGACAAACAUGACAGUAAUCCCGACUGCGAUACGGAGUGCAAAUCGGAGGAGGUGGAAAAGGCGGAAGCGGAUGCCGAAAAAGAUGACGGCAUUGUCAAAGUGAACAUCAAGCUGAAGCUCCAGGAGCCGGCAGAGGAAAAAUCGGAAUGCGAGGACACCGAUAAACUGGAGCCCAAGGAGGCGGCUGCAUCGGUCCCAAAAGUGAAUCCCGAUGCGGUGGUCAAGCUGCUGGCCAACGAGCUGUCCCUGGAGAAGGAUCGCGGCAAGCGGCAAACAAGGCCACGCAGGUUCCGCAGGCAGAACCGAAGAUCCAAAAGAUCGGUGCAGGAUAGUGAACAGGAUGUGCAGCAGCAGCAAGAAGAUCACCAGUCACAGGGUGGGCAACAUUCAGUGGCCAAACGCUUGGUUCAUCUGCUAGACGACUUUGAAGACCACAAUGGCAAUCGUGUGGCUUUCGGGACCUUGGGCAACGGCAUGCUCACACCGGAUGCCGAAGAUUCGGGAGCCAAAUCGUACCCGGGUCAUGAAACACUGGCGCACUAUGAGGAUCUGGAAGCCAUUCAGGACGGCGAUUCCAUGGCAAAUAUCUACGAUCCCACCAAGGAUGUGGUGCCCAUGAUGAAUCAGCGACCCAAUGUACCUUUUCAGGCGCAGCAGCAGCCAUUUCAAUUUCCACAGCAGCAACAGCAACCGGUGCAACAGCAACAGCAGCAACCGUUGCAACAACAACAGCAGCAACCGUUGCAACAGAACCCGCAACAACAAGAGCAAAAUCAACAGCAACAAGACCUAAACCGCCAGCGUCACCAAUCUUCCAAUUUCCAGGCUAGUUUUAAUUUAACUCACUUUUUUAAUGAGUUGCAAAAGCUGCAGAACAUAAAGACACCGCAGCAGCAACUGCAACAGCAGCAAUCACUGCCGGUACAUCAGCAAUAUGUGCCGCAACAUCAACCAUUGCUAAUGCCUCAGCAGCAACUGCCCAUGCAACGAAAUAACCAGCAAUUGCCCAUCAAGCCAGUGUCACCACCGAUAAAGUCCUUCGGUGUCCAUCGUUACUUUGGACCCUUCUUCAACAAGCAACUGAAGAACGAUCCUUACUUGGCGGCUCUGGGGACCUCGACCACCAUUGAUCCCAGAUGUGUGUCCAUCACUCCGAGUGUCAGUCCCCCCCCAGCUCUGAAUGCAACUACGGGGGCGACUUUGCCUGCGAACUGCACGACUCCAUCGAGUUCCUCUAAUCCUGGUACAACCACGCCAUCCCCAGCUGCCCCAAGUCACACGGAGAAUGUUUGCAAUGCCCCGGAUGCCAUGAAACUCAACGUUUCCAUCAACGCCAAUGUGUGCGGUGACCCGAAGACUAAACAGUUUUACGGCAAUGGAUCCAUUAGUCUGCUGCCCGCAUACAAUAGGUUGCGCCCAGCAUCGAAUUCCGAUCACCAGGAUGUCCAACUUCAAGGAAAUGCUGCGCAAGUGGAGCAUAAUCUAGAUGAUCUUAAGGUACGGGACGAAAGGCGUAUUCGCGAGGCCGGAGACGAAACCAAAAACAAUCGGGACGAUGAGGCUAAGCCCAAAAGCGAGGAGAAACCAAGGAAGCAGGAGGGUCAUAUAAAAAGGCCUAGCAUUAAGUGGAGCAAAAAGAAGGAGACUUCUCAACUAGCUCCGAAAGUGAACCCCAAAGUAACUCCCAGUGUAGCGUCCAAAGAAGUACCAAAGGGAGCUUCAGACGAGGAACACAAAACAGCAGCCAAAUGCCCUGGCCACAGACCGCGUAUAGAUACACCUGAGUCCCGAUCGGAUAGUUACGACAAGCUGAUCACGGGCAAGAUGUCCGAGGACAUUGUGUCUGCCGUCUUCGAGGCGGUUGGGAAUGAUCCGGGCAUGGAUCGCUUACUGGCAGUUCUGGAGAGGAAUCGCAAGUGUGCCCAGAAACAGCCCAAGAACUUCUACCAGAUCCGAAACGACAAGACCGAGAAUUACCUCCAUCAGACGGAGAGCAUGGUGCGCGACACUAUGGAGGCCAUUAGCAAUAUCAUCGAUCAGCAGGUGCGCAGACGGGCCUGCAUUCCCCUACGUCCAGAUCUCCAGGAGUUCUAUGACCUGAUCCUGAAGACUUCGAACGAGGAGCAGAAGUGUCGCGAGAAGAGACAGAGCUCCCUGCGAGUCCUGGCCGAGGACUUUAGCCAGGAUGUGCGCCUGCUCGACCCGAGUAAAAUCAACCAAAAGUCACGGAUCGUCAAGAAGCUUCUGCGCCAGUACGAGGAUCUGCCGAUGGAGGACCAGCAGGCGGCAGUUGGAGUGCGCGACGAACUGCUCCUGGACCUCGUUUACCUGAGGAAGAUGGCCGAUUCGGCGGAGCGUCAUCAGCGGAAUGCCCGUCUGCAGGAGGUCCUCAAGCAGACGAGUUUGGACGAGGUCCUGGAGAAGCGAAUGUCCUCCGAGUACUCGCCGCGCUUCAUAAAACUUCUGAAGACAGCGGAGCUUUUCAAGGAGGCAGGUGAACAGCAGGCCAGGGCAUUUGUGGGUCUUUAAGUUACCAGUUCCUAACCGGCUUUUAUUUUAAUUGCUGUUUCUUUGAUUUCUGUAGUUAUGUUAAUUUCAAAAAUUUAAUUUGCUAAAUUUAACUCAUAUAAUUCGUUCUUUUAAAAAUUCGUAUUUUAAAAAUUGAAGUGACUUCCAGAUGUUUAUCCCAAUAUUUUCCAACAUAUUCAUAG